AUGAGCGGUUUUUUUAGAUACAACGACGAUGAUACAGUAGAUCCAUAUGCAACACCAGAUGUUUAUUAUGGACCUGAAAACAUAAAUUCAGGAGGAAGAAAUUCACCGAUACAUAGAAUAAGAGCUUUAAGUCUUAGUUCACGUAUAAAUUUAGACGAUUUCAAGGGGCCUACUGGUUAUGCCAUUAAAAGAAGAGGGUCUGAAGAUGAUAGUAUUACAUCGAGCAAAGGAACUCGUAAACUUUUAAUUGAGGAUGUUGAUGAAAUGUUGGAAAAAUUGUUAAAGAACGAGGAUACUGAUAACAACUUUCAAAUUACCAUUGAGGAUAAGGGGCCUAAGGUAUUGAAGAUUGGGACUGCUAAUUCUGAGGGAUAUAAAUUUGUCAAUAUCAGAGGUACCUAUAUGCUUUCUAACCUUUUACAAGAAUUAACAAUCGCUAAAAAGUUUGGAAGAAAGCAGAUAGUUCUAGAUGAGGCAAGAUUGAAUGAAAACCCUGUCGAUAGGUUGCGGAGAUUAAUCGAGACAGAAUUUUGGAAGUCACUAACAAGACGUAUUGAUGAGACGUCUAUUAGGGAGAUUGCUUAUGAUGACAAGUUUGUUGCGUCAAAAGCUAAAAUACCAAGAAUAUACGUGCCCUACAACUGUCAAGACCAGUACGAGUAUUACAUUGAAGUUUCUAAGAACAACCCAUCUUUGUUACUAGAUGUUGAGUAUUUGCCAAAGGAUAUUACACCUGAAUACGUGGAAUCCUUAAACGAUGUGCCAGGAUUAUUGACUUUAGCAAUGCAAAAGCACACAGAUCCUGUGGAGGGUAAAGAAACUAUGAUAGGUUGGAAAUAUGCUGUUCCUGGUGGUCGUUUUAAUGAGCUUUAUGGUUGGGACUCUUAUUUUAUGACGUUAGGAUUAUUGGAAAACAACAAGGUUGAUGUAGCUAGAGGAAUGGUUGAGAAUUUUAUUUUUGAAAUUGAGCAUUAUGGAAAGAUUUUAAAUGCUAAUAGAUCCUAUUAUUUAUGUAGGUCACAACCGCCAUUUUUAACAGAUAUGGCGCUAAAAGUUUUUCAUAAAAUUGGUGAGGAUGCGAACCCGGAUGCCAUUGAUUUUUUGAGAAGGGCAUUUGAUGCUGCCAUUAAAGAAUACAAGAGUGUAUGGACCAUCUCUCCCAGAUAUGAUGCCGAAACAGGGUUAUCUUGUUACCAUCCAAAUGGUCUUGGAAUUCCACCAGAAACAGAAAGCAACCAUUUUGACAGCAUUUUAUUGCCAUAUGCGCUAAAGCACAAUGUGUCCAUUGAAGAGCUAAAGGUACUGUACAAUGAACAAAAAAUUAAAGAACCAGAAUUGGAUGAGUUUUUUUUACAUGAUAGAGGGGUCAGGGAAAGUGGGCACGAUACUACCUAUAGAUUUGAAAAUGUAUGUGCCUAUUUGGCUACCAUAGAUUUAAACUCUUUAUUGUACAAAUAUGAAACAGAUAUUUCGUUUGUUAUCAAGAAGUAUUUUGGCGAUUCGCACGUCGAUUAUGAGGGUGUCGUCACUACCUCUCAAGAUUGGACUUUAGCUGCCGAAGAAAGAUCAAAGCGCAUUAACAAGUAUUUGUGGAAUGAGGAAGAGGGGAUGUAUUUUGAUUACAAUGUUAAAACGAAACAGAGAAGCACCUAUGAAUCUGCAACAACAUUUUGGCCCUUAUGGGCUAAACUUUGUACUCCAGAUCAAGCUGAAAGCUUGGUGACAAAGGCGUUACCUAAAUUCGAAAUGUUUGGUGGUCUUGUUUCUACCACCGAAAAAUCCAGGGGGGAAAUAUCGGCCAUUAGGCUAGUAAGGCAAUGGGAUUAUCCGUUUGGAUGGGCGCCACAUCAGAUUUUGGCCUGGGAAGGUUUUAAAAACUAUUCAUACAAUAAGGUAGCCAGAAGAUUGGCUUAUAGAUGGUUGUAUAUCAUCACAAAGGUUUUUGUUGAUUAUAAUGGUGCAGUUGUUGAAAAGUAUGAUGUGACCAGUGAGAUUGAUCCGCACAAGGUUGAAGCUGAGUAUGGUAAUCAAGGAUCUGAUUUUAAGGGUGUUGCUACUGAAGGAUUUGGUUGGGUGAAUGCUAGUUAUAUCCUUGGGUUAAAAUGUAUGACCAGGCACGCCAAAAGAGCGUUAGAUAGUUGUAUUUCGCCUACUUCAUUUUUUUCGCAUUUAUCUUCCACUGAAAGAGCUUCAUUUAAUGUGUAA